CUUUUCAUUAUAUAAUACAUUUUGCUUCCAUUAUGUGCCAAUACAAAGUCAUGGCUGGCAGCCAAACUGCUCAACAGCUGCAGAGCUCAGGAGUUUUGGACAGUUUUCCUGGCUCUCCUAAUGCUUUGCUGUGUGAUUUAGGGAAAGUUCCUCCUUGCCUCCACUUAUCCAUUUCCCCAGAGUAAUAGAGAACAUUAAUCAUCACUGUAAGCUAUACUGAAGCCUAGAGAUGAAAAGUGCUUGUUGUUAAUGAUAUUAAUUUAUAAGUUAUACUUUUUCAUUUGAACUUUAUAACAUAUAACAACUGUUGCAUUGAACUGAGGCUGGAAAAGGGCUUUUUUGCCAGAAGAAGAGAUUCCUAGAGGUAGAAAAUUUUACAGAAGUAGCUUCUACUCUUCUCCAACACAUAUAUAACCUGUAUAUUACUUUUAAUUAAAUUUCUAUGGAAAAUAUUUGUCUGGACCCAAAGUUUAUACACUGUAUAUUUUGCUUCCUAGACUUUUCUUUUUAAUUACAUUUUCCUAUUUUUAAUGGGACUUUGACCUUGUUUACAAUUACAGAUUUCCUUUUUGAUUUUCCAGUCAUGUAUUAAAAUAGCACAUAAAGCUACAAAUUGCAAGGGAAUGUAUUGCAGUUCUUUCCUCCUUUCUCAUAUUGAAAACCAAAGUGAUUGGUUUCUCAUGAGUUGCAAUCUCAUGAGAGGAAAAAUCCACAGAGAGCCAUAACACACACAAAUCCAAACAAACCAUCUUUGACUUUCACAAUUAACAUGCAGAUAAGAGACUAGCCCAGCAGCAGUCAGCACAGGUCACAUAUUCACUGCUGUAGUGCCAUCACCUUCAGUUACCUAAAAAUCAGGGCUCAAUGGCUUAAAUUUAGGGUCUGUGUUAGCGACCAAUAUAUUCUAGAUCUGUAAAUUGUUUUGUAAGAUGGUUAAUUUUCUUUUUCCUCUCUCAGCACUUUUCCCCCUAUCACAAUGCCCAGUGUAGAUGCGCAGCCUUAAUCGGUUUAGUUGUGAGAAGAUAAUCUUUUUUUCUCUCUUUCUUGCUGUUGCCUGUUAGCUUAAAGGCUUUUUAGCUGAAGGUUGAUAAUUAUCACUGAGAAGAAACUAGCACAUCAGGAGUUCAUUUUCUAUCUUAGCACUUCUGGCGCUCCUUUGAACUCCUCGCACCAAGCCCGUGUUCCCACUCUGUCACUUUCCUCCCUCCAUCAUAAAAAGGUCUCGGCAGCCGGCGGCUCCAGCCUUUGCUGGUGGGCAGAGGGCACUGCUUCUCCCGAGUGCUCCUCCAGCAUGGACAAGCUGCACGAGACAUUGAUAAACAUGGAAGAUGCUUUGGGUUCGGAACACUCCGCCUGCUUGUCAUCCUGGGACUGGAAAAGCUCCUCUGGGCCUUUUGAGCUGCACCCCAUGUCGCCCCCGCACAGCUUGUCCCCGACGCCCUCCUUCGAAUCCUACUCCUCGUCCCCUUGUCCGGCGGCGGCCGAGACCCCCUACAGCAGCGGCGGCAGCGGCCUGGCGGGAUACGGCCUGGUGGAGUUCCCCCCCGCCUACCUGCCCAGCCCCGGGCAGGCCCGGCUGCCCAAGGGCACCAAGGUGCGGAUGUCGGCCCAGCGCCGGAGGAAGGCCAGCGAGAGGGAGAAGCUGCGGAUGAGGACCUUGGCGGACGCGCUCCACACGCUGCGCAAUUACCUGCCCCCCAUCUACAGCCAGCGGGGCCAGCCCCUCACCAAAAUACAGACCCUGAAGUACACCAUCAAGUACAUCAGCGAACUGACCGAGCUCCUCAACAGCGUCAAGCGGGCGUAGGGCCCGCCGGGGGCGCCCGCCCCGGCACGCUCAGGGUCUUUACAAACAAAAAACAUCAAAAUUUCUUCCUCGUCAGAGGACGGUGGGGCCCGGUGUGAGAGGAGGACGGCGCGAGGGAAGGGGAACCACCUCUGUACCUGGAGGCAAUGCUGGAAGGUGAUGUAGGACUGCCUGAAAACCUGAGCUGCAGCUUGCUGAGACAGAAGUCCUGCUAUUUACCUUUUUUUUUUUUUUUUAAUUU